AUCUCUGAACUGCUCUCAUUCACAGGCGUGUGUUCAUCUGUGUGUUCAUCUGUGUGGUCAUCUCAGAACUGCUCUCGACGGCCGUCUCUCCGCACGCUGCUCGUCUCUCUGUGGUGCCCGUGGGUCGGUCAGCGGCGGUCAGUGUGUGUGUGUGUGUGUGUGUGAGGCCUGAGCCCAUGAUGAGGGAGGAGAGCUCUGGGCGUGUGCGCUGGGUCCAGCCCGUGGUGCUGCUGGGUGCGUGUGUGCUCACGCUGAUCAACUCUGCGGCGCUGCUGCUGCUGCUGCCACGACUGGACCAUCUCUCCGCUCGACUGGACCAUCUCUCCGCUCGACUGGACCACACAGACGGCCGUCUGCUGGAGCUCCGGAGCGCCGCCGGGAUCAGCCCCUGGGACGGGACCCCCGGGGGGCAGCUCAGAGCCCUGCUGGGGCAGGAGGGGCAAGAGCAGCGCAGCCGGGGCAAAAGAAGCCACAGUGGUCAGCAGGGACACCAGCGGGCAGCCCAUCAGGACACCAUGAUGAUGGUCACCUACUCCAUGAUCCCGACGAAGGUCUUCUCCGAUCUGUGCAACAGCUCCAGAGGCAUUUGUUUGACAGGCCCACCUGGACUUCCUGGUCCUGCAGGGCGAGAUGGAGCGUCUGGAGUUCCCGGCCAGAAGGGCGACGCUGGAGAGCAGGGCAGGAGAGGGAGACGGGGCCCCUCUGGAGAGAGAGGAGAGAGGGGUGAGAAGGGCGAUAAGGGAGAGCCAGGGGCAGCCGGUUGGAAGGAUGAGUUCUCCAGCGAGGUUUUCUUACAGGGUCCCCCCGGCCCCAUUGGACCUCCAGGUUUGCCUGGUCCUCCUGGUCCUUCUGGACCACACGGAUCUCCGACCAACCAGACCAGCGCUGAGGAGGAGUUCUUGCUGUCCCCGUCUGGGGCGUUGCCUGUGCCCACUCCCUCAGAAGCUGGGUUACAGAGAGAGGCUAUCAGGAAGCUUCCUGAAGAAUUCCCCCGGAAGGAGACAGGAUCCUCUACAGUCUCCUCAGGACCUGGCACCUUUCUGGGACCUGGGAUUGCGACUUUUAAAGAUGCUACCGCUACGUCUGUUGGGACUGCAACCUCUAAAGAUGCUACUGCUAUAUCUGUUGGGACUGCGACCUCUAAAGAUGCUACCGCUAUAUCUGUUGGGACUGCGACCUCUAAAGAUGCUACAGCUACAUCUGUUGGGACUGCGACCUCUAAAGAUGCUACCGCUAUGUCUGAUGGGACUGCGACCUCUAAAGAUACUACAGCUACAUCUGUUGGGACUGCGACCUCUAAAGAUGCUACCACUACGUCUGCUGCGACCUCUAAAGAUGCUAGCUCUUUGUCUGUGGGGACUGUGACCUCUAAAGAUGCUAACGGUACUUCUGGUGGGACUGUGAUCUCUAAAGAUGUUAUCACAAUGUCUGCUGCGACCUCUAAAGAUGCUACCACUACGUCUGCUGGGACUACAACCUCUAAAGAUGCUAACGCUACGUCUGCUGAGGAGAAUCUGUCCAUUAGCUCAGUUAGUGCUGCAUCCAUGCCACUAUCCCAGGCAGUGACCCAAGAGACUCCGACUCAAACUCCAGACACACCUCUACAGAAAUCAGACCUGCUUACAACAGGCCCAAGAGCACAAACAGCAUCAGACACUCUUGAAGAAAUGACCACAGCACAGCCAGUCGGGCCUUCUUCCACCCCAUCAGAGGAGGCUUUCAUCAAGGUGCCCGAGCCCCCUGUGGACAGUUCAGACUUGGCGUCCUCCACAGCCGGCCCUGGAAAGGACUCUGGAACAAGACCAAGGUUCCAAACAACACAGCAAACUAAUGAGGCCUCUGCUGUGGACAUCUCAGGUUUUCAAGAAACAGUCAGAGAACAUCCAGUGGAAAUGCCUUCACAGGAAACAGUCAGUGAACAUCCAGUGGAAAUGCCUUCACAGGAAACAGUCAGAGAACAUCCAGUGGAAAUGCCUUCACAGGAAACAGUCAGAGAACAUCCAGUGGAAAUGCCUUCACAGGAAACAGUGUCUCCGACGGACGGCCCAGGAAAUGAUGUGACGAAGGCAGUUUUCCCGCCUUUACAGGAGGUCCCUUCAGCAUCACCAGCAGACCCUGUGAGUGGCCUGCUUCCUGGGAUGGUGGUGGAAUUUUUCCACAACAUGCUGGAGAACGCAGGCUGGUCUACAGACACCCGAGGAGAUGAAACAGUCAGAGAGGACGGCACUUCAGAGACACCAGUGGAUCCUGAUAAUCCUGGCAAUACCAUCCUGGAAACAGCUUUGGGAUCCAUGAAGGAGCAGAGAGGUUUAUCUACUACCUUCCCCCAAGACCAGACCCAGACAGAGAAGCCUUUGCUCUCCAGAGGCACCAAGAAGAGGCCUGAGAAGAAACAAGAGUGUGUGAUCAAAGUGAUCUCCUGCCAGCUGAACGUGACCACCACUCAGAACACCUACGGGAGUCUGCUGCUGGACGCAGCGCAGCGGGGGGACACACACCUGUGGGUGGCAGAACACUUCUCAGGCCGGAUGCUGGAGGAGUACCAGAGCAUGGAGCACUUCGGCAGGAGGGUCCAGCGCAGGGUUCUGGACCUCAGGAGGUUCUACCAGGGCUGUGGACACGUGGUCCACAACGGAUCCCUCUACUUUCACAUCGCCGGCACCUACAGGGUUGCCAGGUUUAAUCUGCGCACCGGGAGGUUACUGCCGUUGGCGGUGGAGGGCGCUCUCUUCCACGAGCUGUCGUAUCUCUUCCACAACUCCAAGACCUACUUCAAGUUUGCGGCGGACGAGUUGGGCCUGUGGCUGAUCUAUGCGUCCAGUGUUGAUGACAUCAUCAUGGUGAGCCGGAUUGAGCAGCAGUGGUUCUCCACGCUCGCUCCCAUCAACACGUCCUACUCAAGACACCUGGCAGGCAACGCCUUCGUGGCUCACGGAGUGCUCUAUGUGACGGACGCGGACGACAGCCGCAUCACCUUCGCGUUUGACCUGCUGGAGAGGAAGCCGAUUUCAGUGCAGCUGAUCCUCCGGCCACUAGGGGGCGUGUUGGCCAUGCUCUCCUACAGCCCCCGACACCAGAGUGUGUUCAUGUGGGACAACAGCACGGUGAAGACGUGCAGCGUCCGCUUCUCCUCCGACCAGUGUGUGGGGGCAUGGCCUCUCAGAGAACUCUCACCUUAGUGUGUGGGGGCAUGGCCUCUCAGAGAACUCUCACCUUAGUGUUUGGACGCUGUGUGUAUGUAUUACUGCUUUCAGUUCAGAUUACGUUUGUGAAAUUUAACCCGGCCUGUGUAUGCAAAGCCACCAAAGAUUGAACACUUGAGCUAUAUGUUGCAACAGCAAUCAACAAAAAAAUUAAAUAUAUUUUUUAAAUAAUGAUAUUUAUGUAUAUACUGUAUUUUACACAUGUUGUCAAAGACAUACUAUUGAUAACUAACUGUAGAAGACAAGUUUGUAGAGUUGUGAGUGCUAUAGAUUGUAGAGUUUGAUAAUGUAAUGAUAAUGUAAUGAUUUGAGCUUUGUGAACUUGGGGACUAAAUGCCUUUGGAAACUGCCACAAGGACUGCUUCAUGUUUCUGUGUGUUCAGUGACGACGUGACAGCACUCUACUCCAGCGGCUGGUCAAUGCAGAAUCAGUCCAGUAGUUAGGCAGCCUACAACAUACACACUCAACCCCUUAGUCCAGUAGUUAGGCAGCCUACAACAUACACACUCAACCCCUUAGUCCAGUAGUUAGGCAGCCUACAACAUACACACUCAACCCCUUAGUCCAGUAGUUAGGCAGCCUACAACAUACACACUCGACCCCUCAGUCCAGUAGUUAGGUAGCCUACAACAUACACACUCGACCCCUUAGUCCAGUAGUUAGGUAGCCUACAACAUACACACUCAACCCCAAGUCGGGGCAGAAAUCCUAACACGCUAGACUUUUGGUCAUAACGUUGUGGAAUGUCGCA